ACCAAUAUUGUGCAGCGCACACGGCACGACGGCUGAUCGCAGAAGGUAGCCACAGCAACAGCAACAGCAGCCGCAGCAGCAAACCACCACCAACCAUCCAUAUCAGCACCACUUGCAAUCCAACAGGCUAAUCAAUGUAGUUUUUUUAUUUAUUUACGGAAGUGCAUAAAUGAUCAAAACGGAAACAAUAUAUACUCGCUACAUAACCCUAAAGAAAAACAAACAAGAUUUAAGAAUUAAAAUAAUAAUAAGAUAUCUGUGCAAAGUUCUUUUGGAGUUGACAAUAACGCCCACGAUAAUUUUGUGAAUUUGUGUGUGUGUCUAUGUGUAUCUGUAUGUGUGUUAUUGGAAGUUAUAUUUUUUGAAAGCUGUGCGCGUGUGCUACGUCAUUUGAUCGACUGGAACUUGCUGGAACUGGGCACUGGACGUAUUGGAAGUGCUGCCAAUUGGUUAAUCUUGUUGUUGUUGUUUGUUUGUUUGUAUUUUUGUUGUUGUUUGUUGGUCUGUUUGGGGUAACGUCAAAUUCGAUUUUUAUGACUUUUGAAAGCGUGACUAAGGCGUGAUUUAUGAUGGCGUGUGGUUUUUAAUAUUCAUGUGCAAAGUCAAAAGCCAAAAAGGCAGCCACGAACCGACCAACAAACCAACCAACAAGCCAGCCAGCGAGCCACAAGAGAGGCGCGCACUCAACCUGCGUAGGUGCGCCAAACAAUAAAACUAAAGGCAGCAACCAACAACAACAACAAGCUCACACAACCACUGACAACAGCAACAACAACAACAACAGCAACGGGAGGCAGUGUUGCAUCUUUUGUGCCCACGGGCCAAGCAUCUGAGCAUCGAUAUCCUGCUGUGUGUGCGUGGAUCAGUGUAUUGAGCUUUUUAUGGACGACGCAGCGAAGCAAUUGACUGCCGCUGCUGCAGCUGGCAAGCAAAACAGCAACAACAGCACUAUGCGCAACACGCCAGCAACAGCUAAAGCUACAGCACCAGCAACGACAACAACAACAAUACCAGCAACAACAACUAAAACCGCAGCAGUCACAUCAGCAGCUGCAACAGCAAAAGAGGCGUCACAAGAAUUAGAAGUGGCUUUAACAAGCAACAACAGCAGCAGCAACAAGCAACCACAAAGUGUUACAGCCGCAAUAAUGACAACAACAAGUUCGCAGCUAGAGCAGCAAUUAAAAAACACCAAUCACAACAAGACGGAGACACCACAACAAGGCAACAAAGCAGCAACUAACGUCACAUCAACAGCGACAACAAAAUCAAGUGCAGCCGCAAUGGCAGCGGCAACGGCAACAGCGGCUGCUGCCACCAAUGAUCUGGCAGCGGCUGCUGCUGUGGUGCUCUCAUUACAAGGCACCAUGGUUAGCAGCCUGCAGCAGGCGGCAUUGUUGCCAGCUAACUCAGCCGCAGCAGCAGCACUCAAUUUGCAGGCACUUGAAUCGUAUUUGGCAUUGCAGCGACUCACCGGCAAAUCGGAUGUAUUUCGAUUUAGCAACAGCGCCACCAAUAACAACAAUAAUACCAGCAGCAACAAUGCCAGCAAUAGCAACAGCACUUGCAGCAGCAGCAGCAAUAACAAUAGCGAUGUCGAGAACAACACCAACUUGCCAACGCUCAUUGACAUUGCCAGCAUUGAGCUCAAGUCCAGCUGCUCUUCUAGUGCCUCCAGCAUCUCCACUGUUAUUGCCAGCUCGCCAAGCAACUGCAACAACAACAACAAUAACUCGAGCAGCAGCAGCAAUAACAACUUGAGCAACAACAACAACAACGCAAGCGGCAACAGCAACAACAACAACUUGAGCAACAACAAUAGCAACAAUAGCUCAUCUGCCAACACUUCGAAGUGCAUUCCGCCACUGCCAUCAAUUGGCACUGUAAGUGCUGCAGUUGCAGCCGCUGCUGCCGCCGCUGCCGCUGCAGCCAAUCAACAGGCUGCCUUGGAUUGUGCAACCGCUGCCGAGUUGGCUGCCGAGUGUGAUUUGCCUUUGCUGGAUGGCGAGGAUGCCUUGUCCUUUGAAGCCGGUGAUCUGGACAGCAGCUAUGGUAGUUUCAUCUUCAAUCCGUCGAACUUCAACGCCAGCGAUGCGGACACCUCACUCCACUCGCUGCAGGCCACGAUGUACCAGGACAAACUCAAUGUCAUGGCUGCUGCAGCAGGAGAGGAGGCGGCCAAUAGCACGACAGCUGCAGCGGCGGCGGCUGCUCAACGCUCCAAGAAGCAGUUCAUUUGCAAGUUCUGCAAUCGCCAGUUCACCAAGUCCUACAAUCUGCUCAUUCACGAACGGACACACACGGAUGAGCGUCCCUACUCCUGUGACAUCUGUGGCAAAGCGUUCAGGCGUCAGGAUCAUCUGAGAGAUCACAGAUACAUUCACUCCAAGGAGAAGCCAUUCAAGUGCGCCGAGUGCGGCAAAGGUUUCUGCCAAUCACGCACACUGGCCGUGCACAAGAUUCUGCACAUGGAGGAGUCGCCACACAAGUGUCCUGUAUGCAAUCGUUCAUUCAAUCAGCGUUCAAACCUAAAGACGCAUCUACUCACGCACACAGACAUCAAGCCCUACAAUUGUGCCUCAUGUGGCAAGGUGUUUCGCCGCAACUGCGAUCUCCGACGUCACAGUCUAACGCAUAAUCUCAAUGCCGCGGGCGGAGUUGGCGGUACUCUAGGCGAUCUAUUUGGCAGUGGCAGCAAUGGCUCCAGUUCCGAUCCAUUGGGUCUAUCGAUGGUAUUGCCCAAUGCCAAUGGAACAGCGAGCUCAACAACAACAGCGACCACGCGAGACUUGGUUGCGGUCAGCGAUUGAGUAAAUAUCUCUCAAAUAAUGGAAAUGGAAAUGAUAAUGCCUAAAUCCUAAAUCUCGUAUCGAAUCCCUCCACACACAUACACAAAAACACACAUACACAAGUACUACUCGUUGCCCUUAAGUUGCUUACAGCUUACAGCAUUUAAUCUAGACUAAGUUGAAACUAUAGUUAAGCUAAUGAUAUUUUGUAGCUGGUAAUUUAUUGGAUAUUUGAUAUACAUCUAUCUCUAAGUGCGAAAGUUUGACUUUAUCUUGAUAAGUGAAUUGUGGACUUUUAUCAUAAAUAAAAUAUAUUAGUAUACUAAGUGUAUUGAAUAAAUGAUAAUAGUUUAAUCGA